CUUGCAAGUUGCACCUCUACUUUCCAUAACCCGACACUGCCAAACUGUUUGAAGCAAAGCAUCAAAUGCAAGCUCUCUGCUGUAACCCUCGUUUGGCCGUCGUCGUUAACCGGUCAUGCCGGAAAACCAGAGCAUUCUCAUCUGAUUCUUCCAAUCAAUCUCGCGGCGGUCUCCCUCGGUUUUUCUCCGACGUCCUCCCUUCCUCCAAGGGUUCAGGUGUUCGUGUGCAAGGGGAUGAGUUCUGGCAUAUGACCAAAGUUCUAAGGCUCAACACAGAUGACAGGGUAGAGCUCUUUAAUGGAAAAGGAGGUCUGGUCAAAGGGUCUAUAGAGAGGAUUGACCGCACUGGAGCAGAUAUUGUUGCGCUUGAAAAUCCAAAAUUAGUAUCAACCAAUACAACCCAAUGGCACGUGUAUGCAGCUUUUGGUACCCUGAAGGGUGGUCGAUCCGACUGGCUUUUAGAGAAAUGUACAGAGCUUGGAGCGAGCAGUGUAACACCACUAUUGACCGAGCGUUCUCCUUCAAUUUCCGACAAUAGAGUGGAUAGAUUGCAACGAGUAAUAUUCGCUGCGGCUAAACAAUGUCAGCGGCUGCAUGAAAUGGCUUUGAACCCUCCGUUAAAAGUUGGUGGCCUCUUACCUAUUGUUUCACAAUCGAAACUAUCUUUUAUAGCUGCAGCAGAGGCUACACCAGUUUUGAAUGCAUUGGCUCUGUCUCAAAGAGAGCCUGUUGGCUCAAUUAUCAUUGGACCUGAAGGCGACUUCACAGAAGCCGAAGUAAAGUCGAUAGUGGAAGCAGGAGCAACAGCAGUUGGGCUCGGGCCACAUCGCCUUCGAGUUGAAACCGCGACAAUCGCGCUACUGUCCACAGCGAUGUUAUGGUCCGAUUCUCAGGGGUUAUUUGAUUCUUAAUAUAUAUUCACGAGAUAUGUCUUCAAAUUUUGCUUUUGAAAUUAUGUGUUAGUUAUACAAGUCUUCAAGAUUAUUAAAUAGAAGAAUUUAGAGCCUGCCUAUGAAGUCAUAAGUCAUAACCGAAUGUCUUUGUAGCGUAAGUAUUACCCCGUUUGACUUUUGGGGUGCUAUUUUUUAUUAGUGAAGACUAGAAUUAUUUAAACCGGUUUCUCAUUUAUUCAAA